UGCCUCUCUCCCUCGUUUUCCGCACUGUUGGGAAGAAGAGCAAGCUCAACCACGUCUGCAGCUUUUUUACACAGAGAGAUCGGCAGCAGAGAGGACAAAGGGAAAAGUGCAGACAAGAUGAGACACGGAGAACUGUAGAGCAGUUCCUCACACAGCGUGUUUCCACCCAGCUCUGCUGCUCUCUGACACCUUUCUUCCUCCAACUUUCUACCUGAGUCUAACUAACUUUUGCACAGAACCCUGUCCAGCCUAGAUAAGUGUUUUUUUAUAUAUGUGGUGAACGUUGUUUAAGUGCUGUAUUCUCAGCUUUUGGCAAUUUUUUGUUACAAUUUGCACAGUUUUUGGUUUGUUUUUUGGGACCAAAAAUAUUUUUCAGGCACUUUUCAGGAUUCCCCCCCUUCUGCUGGAAUGAUUUGACUCUGGAAAGAAGCCAGAAGUAGCACCAGCAGGAAGAAGAAGAAAAAGAAGUAGUUUUUUUGAGUUUUCCUUGUGUGUUUGUUUUUGGAGGCUUGCAGCAAUGUUAAGGCCGGCUGUGCUGUGGCUGCUGACCACCAUCCUCCUGGCUGAGGGAACAAACGGCGAGAAAGAAGUCAGAGCAGAGGCUUGGCUACAGCAGUAUGGUUACCUCCCUCCGGGCGAUGUCCGAGCGCAGGCCAUCCGCUCCCCGAAGUCCAUUACCUCUGCUAUCUCAGCCAUGCAGAAGUUCUAUGGCCUCACCGUCACAGGAACUAUGGACCCCGCCACACUUAAGGCCAUGCAGCGGCCGCGCUGUGGAGUUCCAGAUAAGUUUGGCUCAGAGCUGAAGAGCAAUCUCAGGAGGAAACGCUACGUAGUUCAAGGGCUAAAAUGGGAAAAGAGAGAGAUCACAUUCAGUAUUCAGAACUACACUCCUAAAGUGGGCGAGCGUGCCACUCAGGAGGCCAUCCGUCGGGCAUUUAAGGUGUGGGAAGCAGCCAUCCCUCUGACUUUCCGGGAAAUUCCAUUCAACCAAAUCAGAGACAGGCCUGAGAAGUUUGCAGACAUCAUGCUGUCCUUCGCUGAGGGUUUUCAUGGGGACAGUACGCCGUUUGAUGGGGAGGGCGGAUUCUUGGCCCACGCCUACUUCCCUGGUCAGGGGAUCGGAGGGGACACGCACUUCGAUGGUGCCGAGCCGUGGACCACUAGCAACGUCGAUCUAGGAGGUAAUGAUGUGUUUCUGGUUGCGGUGCAUGAAUUGGGUCAUGCUCUGGGUCUGGAGCACUCUGGCGACCCUUCAGCCAUCAUGGCUCCGUUCUACCAGUGGAUGGACACUGAGAACUUUGUGCUGCCCGACGACGACAGGCGUGGAAUUCAACAGAUUUACGGUGCCGGAUCAGGAGAGGUGCCCAAGCCCCCCGCCCCACGGCCCACGCGCAGACCUGACCGGCCGUCAUUUGGACCUGAUAUCUGUGAAGGACACUUUGACACCAUCGCCAUGCUGCGUGGAGAGAUGUUUGUCUUUAAGGAGAAGUGGUUCUGGCGAAUGCGGGAUGGUAAGCCUCAGCAGGGAUACCCCAUGCCCAUCGGACACUUCUGGAAGGGCCUGCCACCCUCCAUCAAUGCUGCCUAUGAGCGUGCUGAUGGCAAAUUUGUCUUCUUCAAAGGUGAUAAGUACUGGGUGUUCAGCGAGGCCACUAUGGAUCAGGGAUAUCCUAAAACCUUUAAGGAGCUGGGAACAGGCCUUCCUAAAGACAGGCUGGACGCUGCCCUCUACUACACCCCCACUGGAAACACGUACUUCUUCAGAGGCAACAAAUAUUAUCGCUUCAACGAGAACUCCCGCUCUGUGGACUCUGACUACCCCAAACCCAUCAGCAAGUGGCAGGGGGUGCCUGACAAUGUAAAGGGAGCCAUUAUGAGCGACGAUGGAGCCUACACCUACUUCUACAAAGCCAACAAAUACUGGAAGUUCAACAACCAGCAGACCAGGGUGGAGGCAGGCUACCCCAAGUCUGUUCUCACUGCCUGGAUGGGCUGUGAAGAAGAGGAACCUAAGAAGAGGGCCGGCACUGACGAGGAGGUGAUCAUCAUCGAGGUGGACGAGACGUCAGGGGGCUUUGCUGGAGGGGCGGCAGCCAUAGUGAUCCCUCUCUUCCUGUUGGCCUGUGUGCUCAUUACCCUGGGAGCGCUGCUGUUCUUCCGCAGAUACGGAACCCCACGACGCCUCAUCUACUGCCAGCGCUCCCUACUGGACAAGGUUUAGAGACGGAGGGAUGGGAACACGAAUAAGGAAGACUGCAAUCGGUGAUAUUUUGACAAGUAAAAACAAAUUCAGUGUAUUCAUUAUAUCUGCUAUUUCUCAAAAAUGAGAUUGUUGUAAGAGAAUUAUAAUAUUAUUUUUAUAUCAGAUUAGUAUUAUAGAUAUGUUUACGUAUUGUAGGUCACUAUAUCUGGUACUGGUAGCCACAAUAUAUUGCGAACUGAAUUCAAAUACAGAGAGUUAGCUCGAAUAAUCUUAUAAUAUUCCUACAACAACCUCAAUAUCACCACACAUACUGACUACACUGAAGCUGUUUUCACUUACCCAAGGUACAGUUUUGCAGUGAAAGGAUGUAGAAGGUAUGAAAGAAAAGGGGUGGAAAGAAAUGGUGGAGAUGGAUGGAGAUGAGGACUUGAGUUUGAGAUUGUUUACAGAACCACAGAGAUGAGAAAAGAAAGGAGGGAACAAUGAUAGAAAAGGGAACAAUGCAUAUUGUCUCAGUAGUUACAUGUACAGCUCUGCCGAUAUGAAUACCCCCAUGAAGGAGAGAGAGCGAACCAGAGGAGGAGAGGGAGCAUCCCACUCCCUUACUUUUAUUCCCCCUUUUUUAUAUUAAAUGAAAAUAAAGCACUUUUCUAUUUGUCCUUCUCUCCCUCUUCCUCUCUUAUACUCUCUCUCUCCCAAAUUCAACGACUCCAGCCACAGUGCUGCAUGAUUGAUGUGUUUUUUUGUUUGUUUGUUUUUUAUUUUUCAUCUCAUCUUUGGGUUUACCUCUUAAAUUCAGAAGAGCUCCACAAUUUCCCUUCAGAAACAUACUCUUCCUUCCGCAGUGCCUUUCUCCUCUGGGGUAACCCCAGUGCCUACAUUUACAAAGAAAUUUGGGACCAAAAUUGAGCCCCCAUUUUCUGUAGAUGUUCAUGCAUUUGCCUCGAAAUACCAUGAGCCUUCUAAAUAUAUAUUUUGUGUCAAAAGGAAUCAACUUUUAGUUUUAGAAAGUAUGUAGACAAAUGCCUUUAACCAGUGCCUUCCCAGAUUACGAGCAGCACAAUGAGCGUGCUAACAUGCACUUUACUGUCAAAUAUGGAUCUUCAGUGGUUAUGGUUUAUAACAGAACACAUUACAGAGUUCCCUAUAUUGCAGCAAUGAUUAAAUUAAGCUUUUUUAAAUGAGUAUCCACUCUAUCCAGUAUGCAUGCAUGUACACAAUGAGAAAACCAAAAGAAAUUAGAGUAAGUGUAUACAUGUGCUGAAAAAUCCAAUUUCUAGGCCUUAAUCUGCCCAAAUUGGAGCAUGACAUUUAUGACCACUUAAAUAAUUCAGAUAACUGCAAUCAUUCAGUUCUAAUUGGAUAUUUAGUACAAGUAAAUACAAUAAAUGGUUGAUAACUGUUUAAUAAAGAGUUUUGUUAAAACUUUAGAGCGACAUCUCCGGAAGUUUGCUGGUUAAAAUUAUUAUUAUGUAAAACCAGCAACUUUUAUGUAUGCAAAUACACUUAGAGUGUAGAAUGGACAUUUACAGUUUUAAUCACAUUAAGGAAUUUAAUUUAAUAUAAUAUCAGUAGUCCUGCCCACAGACUUUUAUUGAUAUGGCGUGGUGUUCCAGUCUUCCAUCUAAAGGUCAAGGGUGUUAUCCACUACACUCUACAACUCUAUACCAACCACCAAAGAAAGAACUGUACUCAGGUUUCUGGUUUUAAAAUAUAAUAAUAGAUGUUUUAUGAAAUUCUUCUAAGAUUCCUUUUUGCCACAAAAUUAACUUAAUGGAAAAUUGCUUUUUAAUGAUUACAGUCUAUGUCAACCUUAGAGUAUGUGAAGGGUUGAAGAUGAGAGGGUCAUUGGUUAAGGGUAGGAGCAUGGCUCAGCUCCGGAGGAGAGGCACAUCUACAUUUACACCAACAGAGCAGAGCUGGCUUGCAGGUACAACUCCAGAUAUUAAUGUUAUAAAGAGUUUGUUAACAUGUACUAAUGUUAUUAAUGAUUGAUAUUGUUGUUAUUAUAACUAUGAUUAUUGUUAUUAUUGUUCUCCACAUGUAGUUUUUUUUAUUUUUUUUUUUUAUUCGUUGUCAUUUUUUAAGUCCUGCUGGACAGAGGCAGAAUGUGACUGGUAUCAAAAUGUUUCCCAGUUUUUGUUUUAUUUUGUUUUUUUUU